AUGGCGGCCGCGCUCGUCCUGACGCUUCUCGCCGCGCUCCUCGCCGCCGCCGGCACCUCCGAGCGGUCGCGGCGCACGGCAGGCGAGGCGGCCGCUGUAGAUAUACAUCCAGAUGGACCUUUCACACACACGGAGAUGUCUCAAGCAGACAUCGACGCGGCGGCUCAGGCUGAGGCCGAAGCUGCUGGAGUACCAGCGUGGAGAGACCUGUGGUACUCGUCCCUUGAAGCGUUGAGACGGGAGCCCACCAUCAAUAACACACAAGAGGAUAUCAUGGUUCAGCUGGGAGGAGUCGCCUUCCUUCACUGUCCUGUGCGCAAUCUUGGAGAACUUGGUGUGUCCUGGGUGCGCCGCCGUGACUGGCAUAUCAUUAGCUCUGGUGUAUUUAUGUACACGAAUGACGAAAGAUUCCAGGUACUUCACAGUGAAGGUUCAGACGACUGGAUCUUACAAAUUAAAUAUGUACAAAAACGAGACAAUGGAACUUACGAGUGCCAGGUAUCCACUGGGUCCGGUACGUUGUCUCGUCUGGUCCACCUUCAUAUAGUUGUUCCUGAAGCCUUCAUACUAGGAGCGGACGAGUAUCACGUUGAUGCGGGCUCGACCAUUAAUCUUGUCUGCAUUAUUGAAAAGAGCCCAGUUCCACCGCAGUACGUGUUCUGGUACCACAACGCUCGUAUGAUCAACUACGACGCGUCUCGUGGUGUGACUGUGUCUACGGCCCCCGGUGCUCGCACACAGUCCGCGCUGGCCAUCCGAGCCGCUGGUCCCGCACACUCCGGGAACUACUCCUGCCGAGCAGCCAACACUGAACCCGCUCACAUAUAUGUAUAUGUGUCUGAAGGCAGUGACAAAAUGGCAGCGACCCUGAGUCGUAACGCGUCUGAACAUCCUCAGAGCCUCGUGUUACUCUACGUUGUUAUUUUGUUAGUGUCUCGCCUCGCCACAUAG